GACGUAGUGAGUGUGUAUUGGAUGAGAAGCAUUCGGCGGACCUUUUAAAACCAGCGAAAGUUGGAACUCGUUAGGAUUUAGUGUAGUGCUUUAUGAUUGUUUAUCUUUAAUUUCAUUUGCUGAAAGGUUGUUUUAAUGUCGAGAGAUCGAAAACAUUUCGGGUACGCUCGCUUACUGCUCUUACACAACGACCGAGCACAUACAAGCACAACUUUUGACGACGUUAAAUGAACACCGAGGCAAGGAUAACAACUUAUUAGGCGUAAUAUGCAGAUCAUGCGAUCAAGAGUUGCUGAAAGAAACCAGAAAUCCGAGAGAGUCAAUCACACUUUAAGGACAAGAAAUGGGCAAUUCCACUCAUAAAGAAUGCGUAGAUAGUGGCUUCUUAAUGACCAGACCAGUGAGAACCCGUAUCACACCGAGGAACGUGAACUCGUUGAAAGAAGGGGAUCAUAUUACUUGGCAUAGGACUUAUGGAAUCUGGCAUCACGCGAAUGUGGUAAAAACAUUUUCGUCGGGGCAGAUUGAAGUUCGUCAUUUUGCUUCAGACAGAACGGGAUUGAAAGCUAAAGCGAUAAUCCAAAACAAAGUCGUGGAUCCUCUGAAGGAAAAUGGUAUCCUCUACAGAAUCAAUAACAGCAGCAUUCCAGGCGGAAAUUCUGCUGAAUUAGUGGUAGCGAGAACAAGAGGGAUCGAAAGCAUUUCGGAUUCGAUGGCUUGCUUCCCUUACACCAUGACCGAGGAAGUACAAACACAACUUUUGAAAAUGAAAAGGUGUUUGUGCGAACCAGAGACGUUAAAUGAAUACCGGGGCAACGAUAACAACUUAUUAGGCGUUAUAUGCGGAUUAUGCGAUCAAGAGUGGCUGAGAGAAACGAGGAAUACGAGAAAGAAAAUCAUUUUCCAAGGACAAGAAAUGGGCAAAUACAAUUAUAAAGAAUUCGUGGAUAGUGGCUUCUUAAUGACCAGGCCAGAAAGAACCGAAAUCACACAGUGGAACGUGGGAUCGUUGGGAGAAGGGGAUCAUAUUACUUGGGAAAGGACCUAUGAUAUCUGGCAUCAUGCGAUUGUGGUAAAAAUAUUUUUGUCGGGGCAGAUUGAAAUAUGCCAUUUUGAUUCAGACAAUGAGAGAAAAAAAACUAAAGCGAUUAUCAAAACCAAAGAGAUAAAUCCGCUGAAGGAAAAUGGUACCCUCUACAGAAUAAAUUACAGUAACAUUCCUGAAGAAAAUUCUGCUGCAUUAGUAGUCGCAAGAACAAAGUAUUUUCGUUCGCUGCCAACAAUAAGCAAGAGUUGCUAUAACCUUUUCAAGAACAACUGUGAAAACUUCGCGACAUAUUGUAAAACAGGCACCAGCAUCAGUUAUCAGGUUGAGUGGUUGAAAUCAAGGGUAGAAGAAUUAAUAGCUGAUGAGCUUGAAAAUAUACCUCAAAUUCGAAGGCUGGUCAUUCAGUUAAGACAUACACGAUAUGGAGGUAACGACCUAUUUAAUCGCGGUGGUGAUGCUAGUUUGCUGAUGCUAUCUGAAGUCCGCAUGUGUUACAAAGACAUUGUUAAGAUAAUCUCAAUAACAGGAAUGUCAGAUGAAGAUCGCUCACGUGAAAUAAUCAAACGGAUAUCUCAAUGUGUAGGAGGAGUGGUUACAGUGGGUGUUGGUAGUUACGCGCUGGGAUCUUUUAAAUCAAAAUAUGGUACCCUGGUCGCCGGGCCUUUGGAACUUUUUUUUGGUAAGAUUUUUGGCGCCUGGGUCGGUGGUCGGAUUGCAAGAAGUGGAAUAAUGAAUAGAGGUCUGUGCGAAAUAUCGGAUUUGGAUCUUCAAGUCCAAAGUUACCAAGUUUAGCAUGCAUGAUGCUUUCCUACAUAAGCAGGUCCAUCAGAAAACCCUGCCUAGAAGCGCAAGGCUUGGGCUAUGAAGAGGCACUGAACAACAGUGGACAGAAAACAUAAAAAGAACAUGUUGUGGUUACUGUGUUCGAACGGUCCGCGAAAAUUGACUUCGCUGUGGGUUUAAAUAAGUAAUGUGGAAUCCCUCAUACUUGUCCUUCAAGUACUCGACGCCUAGACAAGACAUCAUCUGCAAACAACUGUUCUUGGAUUAGUUGUAUAUUUCAUAGCAAACACUCAGUGACUUUUGUCCACAUAUUCCUUUACCCUUAUAAAUUACAUCCUGAUCAACAUGUUUAAGAAAAACGGGUGCUCAGUAGCGUAGUCAAAAGAACCACUUGAUUUCAGUGUGUGAAUAUUUCAGAAUUUUGCGACAUAGAAAAUACUUUCAAUGCAUCUUAAAUGUUUAAUAAUACAGACAUGUUUAUUUAAUAUGUUUCGACGUCAACUCUCAAUUACUGGUUGUGCAAUUAUUUGAUAGUAAUCUCUUGUUAUAUUAUUGUAUGUAUGCAUGUCAUUAUUUAUAAAGACAUUUUUGAAAACAUUGCUUGACAAGAGCAAAAGCAAAGCUUGCGUUGGCAUGUUAUGUGCAAUUUGUACGGUUUUGUGUCCUUGGUUGUUGACUGAGUGAUUUGUAACAAACUGUAUUAUUGGCAUAUCUCAUUAGUUUGGUCUCUUUCACACAUCGAGGGUAAUGUAAACUCAGUCAAUUGAGAAAUAGUUGAGAAUAUUAUAAAAUAUAAUUAAAAGAAUCAUACAUGUAUGAUGGUAUGACUUCUCCUCUACUCAAACGUGAUGAUAUAUUAUUUUUGAGAGAGACAUGGUCGGUUUUAAUAUUUCCUAUUUACUUUCCUAUUAUAUUAUACAUUUGACUAUGCAUAUCAUAAAAACGUAAUAAUACUAUUGUACCCAUGCGUUUUGAUGUUAAAAAAUAAUAUUUACUGUUAUGGUUUCUAUU